AAAAAAAAAAAAAAAGGAAGUCCAGUUCCCGACUUCCCGCGCUACAUCACACUAGAAUCACUAGCCUUUGACCGCCUUGCUUAAUAGUUAAUACGGUAUUAGAAGUUGCCACGUCACCACCCAAGCCGAGUUUUACAAAACGCACCGUCGUUUAUAGUCUUCUUCAACCUCUCCUCCAUAUCCCUAGGGUAUUAUAAGUCUCGUUUAUGGCAUGCCCUCUUUCCUUAAACCUUUACCGUCAUCCCAAGUAAGAGAAAAAUGGCUUUCUGGGGAACUGAAGUAAAACCCGGAAAGCCUUUCACUCAUAAUGUUGAUGAUACGAGAAGUCGGCUCCAUGUUUCGAUGGCGUCGCUUGGGAUGGGGAAAGCGACAACGAAAAGUGUUCUUCAGUGUAAUGUAGGAAACAAGAGCCCUGUUUUUCUGUGCUCUUUGUAUCCUGAGAAGACUGAGUCAUUGCAACUGAAUUUGGAAUUUGAAGAGGUUGACGAAGUUAUCUUCUCUGUUAUUGGCCCUCGGAGCAUUCAUCUCUCUGGCUACUACUUAGGUAGUAGUGGUCGAACUCGUGGUAUAAGUGAAGAAUCGGAAUCAUACGGUGAAGAUAUAGCUGACACAGACACCCAGGGAUCAGAUAAUAGUGAAGAAGAAGAAGAAUUUGAAGAUAGCUUCAUUAAUGAUGAGGACCCAGAAGUUUACCCACCCUCUCCCGUUUCUAAUGAUGGAGAUGGAGAUGAUGGUCUGGAUGAUAACAAACCUCUGAAUGGAAAGAGAAAUUCUAGACGACGACUUAGGAAGAAAUACCAACUAGUUGAGUCUGAUGAUGAGGAACAAUUUCCAAAGGUGAUUAAGUCGAAUGGUGGAACUACAGUUCCGGUAUUGGGCAGUGAAGAUGAUGAAGAUAACUUCCCAAUCUUCUCUUGUAUUAAGAAUCGAGCUGCUAAAAAAAUUAAAAUGGACGGUGAAGAAAAUGCGGACAGGGGAACUGAUGAAAACUCCAACAAGAUGAUAGAAGAUGAUGAAAAUUAUUAUACUGAAUCAAAAGGAAACACUGAGGGUAUUGUUCUAGGUGAUCAGCCAAUAAGGCAAUCUGAUCUUCCAGUUGAUCCAUUGCCUUCUGAAGUGGACUGCAGAAGUAAGGUUACAUUAAAGCGGAAGGAGCGGUCAGCUGAUGUGUCUAUUGAUAGUGACAAGACACACUGUGAUAAUGUCCUAAAUGAAGUCAAAAUGCAGCCAUGUGAGGCAAGUACUGAAGAUGGACAAAUGCAGAUGAUGGCCCAUGUUAAUCAAACUGAAUCGCCAAAUGUCUUGACACUUCCUUCCACUGAGGUAGGACACGAAAAUGAUCAGAAACAGAAGAAAAAGAAGAAAAGGAAAGCGCAGAAGAAUGAGAAUAAAUUUUCUGAUGUUGAUAGCAACUUAAUGAAUGAUGUGAAAGAGAAUAAUGACAUUCAAGAUAAUUCAAGAGUUGCCAGCGUUGAAGAUCUUACAAAAAGUGAGGAAAUUUGGGAACCAGCCAAUGAUCAAUUUGCUGACGAAGACCAAUCUGAAGGUAAGAAAGUUAAGAAGAAGAAGAAGAAGAAAAAGAGUAAAGUAAAAGAGAAUGGGGAGGUGGUCAACACAGAAGAAAAUAACACUUUUCUGAAGAAUAAAGAAGCUAAACCAAUACAGGUUCGAUCCCUUCAGAAUGGAUUGAUUAUUGAAGAGCUAGAAUUGGGUGAACCAGAUGGGAAAGUUGCUGUUUCUGGGAAAAGGAUAAGCGUACAUUAUGUUGGAAAGCUGAAGAAUGGAGAAGUUGUUGACUCAAAUGUCGACAGUGAUCCUUACAAAUUUCGCCUAGGUGUAGGAAAAGUCAUAGAGGGUUGGGAUAUUGGUCUUGAAGGUAUGCAUGUUGGAGAAAAGAGAAGACUUACUGUACCCCCACCAAUGGGUUAUGGGAGCGAAGGAGAUGGUAAAAAUAUACCACCAAACUCAUGGCUGGUUUACGAAGUUACAUUGGUCAAAGUUCAUUGAUUAAAUCACCUAUUAAUGGCUUCAAGAACAGACUAUUAAAGUGAGUGAUUGGAUGAUAAUUUUUUUGCAAUGCCUGAUGGACAAUCCCCAAAUUUUGUUAUAGAUAUAUGGCUUUUUUUUUUUUGUAAAUUUGUUUCACAUGUAUUUCACUUUGUUUUUUCCAUUCAAAAAAAAAAAAGUUCAAAUAUGUGUAUUAUGGAAAAAAAAAAUUGUAAGUGGUACUUUGUAGUGAUGACAAUUGACAACAAACAUAUAUAAACGAUAACAGAAAAGAAAACUAAGGUGCAAAAUGAAAAGACGACUGGAGCUCAGAUGAUGAUAUAAGGCCGCAGUAAUAUCCAUUAUUGACAGUUUUUUUUUUAAUGCA